UGCUUUUAAUAUUUCUACUGUACAACAACAUAUUUUAUUAUACUCUUCUACUAAUAGAUUAGUAAAUAACAUAUUCGUAACAAACCAUGUGCAUGGUCCAAACAUUGAAUUUUUUGCACUGGUAACUGUGCAUGCCAACUUAAAAUAUAUAUAUAUAUAUAUAUAUAUGCCUAUGUUAAUAUAUAUGAGUUGUAUUACCAUCUGUACUAGUGUUUACCUACUUACUAGUAAUUAAGAUCUGAAAACUCAGUUUGAAAAGCCAUGGCAGAGUUGAUUCUCUCUCCAAUUGCUGAGAAAAUCAUUGAUGGUUUGGGAUCUGAAGCUGUGAAGCAGAUUUCUAUGAUCUGGGGUGUGAAGGAUGAGCUUGAACAACUCAAUGAAACCAUUUCAACAAUCCAAGCAGUGCUUUUGGAUGCUGAGAAGAAGCAGAGUCACAACAACCAAGUCAAGAAUUGGCUCCAAAGGCUCAGCACUGUAGUUCUUAAAGCCGACGACCUGAUGGAUGAGGUCAACACUCAAGCUUUGAGACGCCAACUUAUCAUGUCUCAAAGCCUAAUGGCCAACCAGGUGUGCACUUUCUUUUCCAGCUCCAACCAACUUGCUUUUCGGCUCAAGAUGAGUCGUAGAAUAGAAGCCAUCAAGAAACGGCUGACUUCCAUUUCCAAUGAUAGAAACUUUCUUUUGGACAAGGGACGUCAAGACAUUUCGACUGUUAGAAGAGUGAGAGAUACUUACUCUUUUGUACGUCAUGAAGAUGUUAUUGGGAGAGAUGAGGAUAGAUUUAUUCUUAUAAAUAAGCUUUUGUUGGAGAAUUGUGAAGAGAGUGUGUCUGCGAUCGCCAUUGUAGGUAUUGGUGGCUUAGGAAAAACAACUCUUGCUAAAAGUCUUUUUAAUGAUGAGAAAGUCCAGAAACAUUUUGAAUUAAAGAUUUGGGUGUGUGUGUCUGAUGAUUUUGAUUUGAAAUUAAUUCUUAAAAAUAUCAUUGAGUCUACAAAAAGUGGUAGCAAAUUUGGAGACCUUGGAAUGGAGCCAUUGCUAAAGAAGUUUCGAGAAGUACUUGGUGGAAAGCGGUAUUUUCUUGUCCUAGAUGAUAUAUGGGAGGAGAAUCGUAAUAGGUUGUUGGAGUUAAAAAAUUUAAUAUUAAGUGAGGAAAAUGCUGGGAGUAGAGUUGUAGUAACUACUCGUAGUGAAAACAUCGCUAAAAUUAUGACUACCAAACAACAACCCUAUCGACUAAGGGCACUUGAUGAAGAUCAAUCCUGGUCUUUGUUUAGAAGGGUGGCUUUUGAAGAUGGAUCAAAAGAGCUAGAAAACUCUAGCAUUGUGAAGGUUGGAAAGGAGAUUGUGAAUAGGUGCAAAGGUAUUCCCCUUGCCAUAAAAACAAUAGGAAAUUUGUUGUUUGGUAAAAGAUUUGAGUUAGAGUGGUCUUCCUUUAAUAAGGAAUUUUCAAAAAUAUCAUCUCAACAGGAAGAUGAUAUCUUACCUACCCUCAAAUUGAGCUAUGAUCAUCUUCUCUCCCAUUUGAAACUUUGCUUUGCCUAUUGUAGUUUAUUUCCUAAAGAUGAAGAAAUUGAGGUGAGAACUUUAAUCAACGUUUGGAUGGCACAAGGAUUUCUUAAGUUAUCAGAUGCAAGUCAAGAUCAAUGUUUGGAAGAUGUGGGUUAUGAAUGGUUUAUGACUUUGUUGGAAGGAUCAUUCUUUCAAGAUGUUGAAGUAGAUGAAUGUGGCAUUAUUACAACAUGCAAAAUGCAUGAUCUGAUGCAUGAUCUCGCAGUUCAAGUAGCAGGAGAGAAAUGUACUACUUUUGUAAUUUCAAAUGGCCGAGGAAAUAUCAAAGAAACUACUCUUCAUGUGUCUUUUGUAGGUGAUACUUAUUUGGAAAGUGAACUCUCAGGUCUUUUGGUUCAUGCCAAAAAGUUUCGAACAUUUCUUUGCAAUUCCAAGGACGAAACAUUUUGUGAUGCAAUAAUAUCAAAUAGUAAGUUUAUACGCUGUUUAGAUUUGUUUAAUUCAAGUAUGAAGCAAUUAUCAAAUUCUAUUGGCAAGUUGAAACACCUGAGAUAUUUAGACCUCUCGUGGAAUUCUCGUCUCAAGUCACUUCCCAAUUCAAUUACUAAUUUGGUGAAUUUGCAAACAUUGAAACUCAAUUAUUGCUUCAAUCUCAAAGAACUGCCUACAUAUUUUGAGAAACUCAUCAGCCUUAGACAUCUUGAACUUUCUCAUUGUUGUAGUUUGAAUUCUUUGCCAAGUGGACUAGGUAAGUUGACACAAUUGAGAUACUUGGAUCUUUCUGGGCAUUCAAGUCUAUUGUCACUGCCAGAUUCAAUAAAUGAUUUGUUGAAUUUGCAAACACUGAAACUCCAUCUUUGCUCAAAACUGAAAGAGCUUCCUAGAGAUAUUAGGAAACUCAUCAACCUUAGGCAUCUUGAUAUUUCUGAUUGUUAUAAAUUAGAGUACAUGCCACGUGGACUAGGCCAACUAACUAAUCUCCAGAAGUUAUCAAAGUAUGUGUUGAUGAAGAGCGAAAAGUGUAUAACGAGGCAUGGUGCUGGGCUAAAGGAAUUGAUGAGAUUGAACAACUUGAGAGGUGAAUUGUUUGUUACGAAUUUGACCCAUGAAAAAGAUGUGGCAGCAGAGUAUGAGGGAGCAAAAUUAAAGGAUAAACAGUAUCUUCGAUCAUUGAGAUUGGAGUGGGAUUCUGAAGCUAAAAUCGAUGAAACUGAGGCUAUUGUUGGUUAUGAGAUGUCAUUAGAAGGUCUCCAACCACACCAGAAUAUUCAGAAUCUAAGGCUAACAAAUUAUGGGGGUGUUAAGCUCUCCAGUUGGCUCGCAUCACUUACAAACCUAGUGAAGUUAACUUUAGUAAAUUGUAAGAAAUGUCAGUAUUUGGUUUCAAUGAGUCAAUUGAAGCAUUUGGCACUUUUGAGCUUGGUAUCUUUAGAGUACAUAUCCAACACUAAUAUGAGUGAAGACUUGCUUGGUUCAAAAACAGCAUUACUGCCAUCUCUACAAACACUUCAGUUGAAUAAUUUGCCUAAUCUAAAGGGAUGGUGGAGAGAGGCUGAAGAAGAGAAACAAAUGUCCUUCCCUUAUCUUCCUUCUCUUUCAAAACUAAUUAUAAAGAAAUGUCCUAAGGUGGCUUGCAUGCCAGUUUACUUACAUUUGAAAGGAAAGUUGCAUCUAGAGGAGAGUAGUUGGAAGAGAUUCGAAGAGACAUUUAGAAUGAUGAUGAUGAUGAGUAGUAACGUUGGAUCUAUAUUCCCAGCAACGUCUUCUUUCUCACCUCUCUCCAAGUUGGAAAGGCUAGAUCUAAUAAGGAUUGAUGAUAUAGAAUGUCUUCCAAACUGCUUCAAGAGCCUUACUUCUCUCAAUUUCUUGAAUAUUGAUAGUUGCCUUAAAUUGAAGGAUUUGUGUCCAGGUAUUCUACAUCUCUCAUCACUUCGACAUCUAUCAAUUACCAAAUGCGAGGGAUUAGGGGACAUGCUCAACAACAACGACUAUGACUUUAUGUGGCAAGCCUUGAAUGGAACACUCCAAUCAUUAAAACUAAGGAAGUUGCCAAAUAUAGUGAUUGUUCUUCCUAAGGGUAUCCAACAUCUUACAAGUCUACAACAACUUCAAGUUUACUCGUGUGAUAGUCUAACAACAAUUCCAGAGUGGAUCCACAACCUCAAAUCACUUCAGAGUCUUUGGUUAUCCAAAUGCCCCAAUCUGACAUCAUUCCCUGAAGGAAUUCAAAGCCUUACCACUUUGAACAAACUCAUGAUUCAUACGUGUCCCAUGUUAUUGAAGAGAUGCAAAAGAGAAACUGGUGAAGAUUGGGAUAAGAUUUCUCAUAUUAGAGACUUGGACUUAAAUCCGGAUCCCAACAAAGAAGAAAAUGAGAAUCCAUCAGACCACCAAACAAAUGGAUGCAAUCUCUUUAACAAGUUUAGGCUCCACAAUAUUUUUUAUACAAGAAAUCAAAGAUAGAUAUGUAUAGGAGCAAGAGAUUGAGAGAGAAGAAGAAGAAGAGGAAGCAAGGAUGAAGGGUAGUCAAGAGUGGCAUUGAAAAAUAUGACUUUUCCAACACCAAGAGAAGCACAAGAACAUUGGAUAGGCGAGAGCUUUCGAGUGAACUUAGUCGUUCAAGGAAAAGCCUCAAGUUAUCAUCAUCAAUUGCUUGAAGGAAUAGCCAAAUAAGGACUGGUUACAAAAAUAUCCACUGUAGAGAAAUUCCUAGUGUCACAAUCAAUCCAUUGAGCUGCACUCAUGGCUCAGAAUGUUCUAGUUUUUCAGGCUGUACUGAGAUGUUGCAUUGAUUAGAGGGUGAUUAGGCCUUUUUGGAUCAGAACUUGGCUUCUUGAAACUAGACCACUUUGGUGUUUGGAACCCAAAAAUAGUUAGUUUCUUCUUGUAUUCAAGUUUUGUCACCUGAUGGCAUACUUCUUGUUUUGUUUGGCAUGUUUUAUAUUGUGUUUUGUACAAACUUGUACAAUACCUGUGACCUUGAUUGUAACCGCGGUUUUUCUCUACCAAAAAGGAGGUCACUCAUGGAUAUGUGACGGUUUUCUAAAGUUCAUUAAUGGAAGUAUACUUAGAUUUAUUUCA